GGGCCGUCCCCUUCGUGCAUCCGCCCUGGAGCGGCCCGAGCCUGCAGCGGGGGCGCCCGGAGCCGGCGGGGCCCUCGGGAGGCGGUGACACCCGGAGCGGCGCGAGCCGCCGCGGCACCGCCCCGGACCUUGCGUGCGUGCGGGAGGCCGCGCCCACCGUCCUGCGGGUGGGACUGGGCGUGGCCAGAGCCGGGGUCGGGGCGCCGCAGCCCGUCCGGCCCGGGGGGCGCGGCCGAGGGGGCGGGGCACCCCCUCUCUCCCGGCAGCCCGGGGGCCCGGCCCGCAGCGCGCAGGAAUGGCCCCGAGGCCGCCGGCGGUCGCGCCCCAGGAGUCCGUGACAUUCAACGAUGUGGCCGUGGACUUUACCCAGGAGGAGUGGGACCACGUGGCCCCCGAGCAGAGGCGCCUGUACAGGGAGGUCAUGCUGGAGAACUACAGCCACCUGGUCGCGCUUGGAUACCAGGUUUCCAAGCCUGCGGUCAUCUACAGGUUGGAGCAAGGAGAAGCGCCGUGGACGCCAGAGGAGGAAAUCCAAAGAUCUUUCUGUCCAGACCGGAAGGCCAGGCCCUACGCCAAGUCCUCAGAUCAGCAGCAGAGCGUAUUUGGUGUAUCCUGUAGCGCAGGUGCGCCCGUGGCGAGAGAUGCUUGGACUGUUACUAGCCAGUUCGAGAGGUGCCAGGAGAGCUGGAAAUGGUACCUGGGGCCAGUCGCCACCCUCCAGAAGAUAAUCACCCCGGAGGGGAAUCUGGAACGCAGCAAAAACGGUGAAAACUCUAGCUCGAACACCGAGCUGGUUGCACAAUCGAACACGCCUUCCGAGUCUGCCGAGCGUGGGACCCUUGGCACCUCGGACCCACUCAACCCGAGUAACAGCCUUGCCAAAAAGAAACCUUACAAGUGUAAUAAAUGCAGAAAAGCCUUCAUCCACCGCUCGUCGCUCACCAAACACGAGAAAACUCACAAGGGCGAGGACGCCUUCCCCAACGGGGCGGACCCGGGCCUUUAUCCCGGGAAGAAGCACCACGCGUGCACGGACUGCGGGAAGACGUUCCUGUGGAAGACCCAGCUCACCGAGCACCAGCGGAUCCACACCGGGGAGAAGCCCUUCGAGUGCGCGGUGUGCGGGAAGGCCUUCCGCCACAGCUCGUCGCUGGGCCAGCACGAGAACGCGCACACGGGCGAGAAGCCGUACCGCUGCAGCCUGUGCGGGAAGGCCUUCCAGCGCAGCUCGUCGCUGGUGCAGCACCAGCGCAUCCACACGGGCGAGAAGCCGUACCGCUGCAACCUGUGCGGCAGGUCCUUCCGGCACGGCACGUCGCUCACGCAGCACGAGGUCACGCACAGCGGGGAGAAGCCCUUCCAGUGCAAGGAGUGCGGCAAGGCCUUCAGCCGCUGCUCCUCGCUCGUGCAGCACGAGCGCACGCACACCGGGGAGAAGCCGUUCGAGUGCAGCAUCUGCGGGCGCGCCUUCGGCCAGAGCCCGUCGCUCUACAAGCACAUGCGGAUCCACAAGCGCGGCAAACCUUACCAGAGCCUGGACUUCGGCCUGGAUUUGAGGCCCGGCCCGUCUCCGGCGCCAGACGGGAGCCCCCCGGCCGACGACUGCCAACCCAGCAGCGGCGGCGGCGGCCGAGGGGACGACGCCAGCCCCGCCACCCACUCGCCCGACGGCCCCGACGGCUUGCCCGGGCCGGGCCCCCCGGACGGCGACGGCGAGCCCGCGUUCGGCCAGCCCCCCGCGGCCCACCCCGGGGAGAAGCCCUACCAGUGCAACGUGUGCGGCAAAGCUUUCAAGCGGAGCACGAGCUUCAUCGAGCACCACCGCAUCCACACCGGGGAGAAGCCCUAUGAGUGCAACGAGUGCGGGGAGGCCUUCAGCCGGCGCUCGUCGCUCACGCAGCACGAGAGGACGCACACCGGGGAGAAGCCCUACGAGUGCAUCGACUGCGGCAAGGCCUUCAGCCAGAGCUCCUCCCUCAUCCAGCACGAGCGGACGCACACCGGCGAGAAGCCCUACGAGUGCGGCCAGUGCGGCCGCGCCUUCCGCAAGAAAACCAACCUGCACGACCACCAGCGCAUCCACACCGGGGAGAAGCCCUACGCCUGCAAGGAGUGCGGGAAGAACUUCAGCCGCAGCUCGGCGCUGACCAAGCACCAGAGAAUUCAUAUGCGAAACAAGCUCUAGGAACCUGGGAGUGGACGAGUGUCAGAGGCUUCUUAGCCGAGAGAAUGCUUAAGAUGUAGUGAGUGUGAGCAUGUGUGUGAGUGUGUGUGUGUGUGUGUGUGUGUGUGUGUGUGUGUGUGUAUUGUUUGGGGAGGAAAGAAUUACAAACAUAGUGUAUAACCAGCUGGAGAUGGUAUGCCUAUAUAUUGAACUUUAUAAAUCUUUUUUUUUUUGAGGGGGGUCACACCUGGCGAUGCUCAGGGGUUACUCCUGGUUCAUGCACUCAGGAAUCACUCCUGGCGGUGUUCGGGGGACCACAUGGGAUGCUGGGAAUUGAACCCGGGUUGGCCGCGUGCAAGGCAAACGCCCUACCGCUCCAGCCCUGAACUUUAUAAAUCUUUUAAAUGUGUGUGUGUGUGUGUGUGUGUGUGUGUGUGUGUGUGUGUGUGUGAAGAGAUCACCAACUUUGAAAAGUUGAACUUGUGACUCUGUUUACAGCCUUUUUUGAAACAAAUACAACUCCUACAGUAAUGACCAAAACUCAUUUUUAAAGUUGCUCGACCAUUGCAUUCACCUGCAACUCUUAGAUCAAACUGACCUUGGAAACCAGCUCCACCUCCUCGAAUUCAUCUUUCAGAGUGAGAGCAGCUGGUCCCACCACUUCAGUGUACAGAUGAGGAAACGGAAAGCCAAAGAUGUGAAGUGGUUUGCACAGCGCGAUGCAGCUUAGAAUGACAAAACUGGGGGACAGUGCAGGUUCCUGUACUCUCGGCUUUGUGAUGCUUUUAAAUAAAUUAUAUAAACCAAACUAUGCACAAGCAUUUAAUGAAUACUGCUGAGAACUUUGGGGAGUUUGCGAAAAAAUCAGAGGUGGCAAAGCAUGCAAAUUUCUCACAAAUUCAUUUCAAACAACUGUGUUGGAAACUCAUAAACCAAAAUGUUCACAGAAACUAUAAAUGACUGAACUGGUGGGGUUUUUACUUUUACUAAGCAGUCUGAUUAUACUUUCAGUUGACACACAUCAGUUCCCUAAAAACAUUAGAUCCUCUCUGUGCUUUUUUAUAAUACUUCCAGGAAAAAGCACUGACCCAG